AUGAAUAAUGAAAUUUUGAUCUUAAAGAUAAUAGUAAGUGUUAUGAAUCAUCCAUUCUUUGCAACUUUCUAAAGCUCUUCUUUUCCUUCCCACAACAAGUCUACUUCAAUCUCCGGUGAGGCAGCGACGAGAACGGCAGUUCAUCGAUCCCUUAUAACCAAAUUAUGACUAACACUACCAAGGAGUUCCCUGACUUUUUCAUAGUCUUUCUUACUGAAAAGCACACUGAGAGAAUGCUUAUCCCAAUUGCUUUUGCGAAGCUAGUGCGUUUAAAAAGAAGGGUAAUGCCGUAUUUUAUCCUCAGAGAUCGUAGAGGAAGAGAUUGGCAUGUCAAAGUACGUCCUAUUGGCCGAAAACUUUAUUUUGAUGAUGGUUGGAAGCGAUUUGGAGAAGAUAAUUCUUUAGAGGAGAACGACUUCCUUGUUUUUACACAUAUUGAAAAUAAUGUAUUCAAGUUCAAAAUCUUUGAACUAUCAUCAAUGUGUGAAAAGAUAAAGGAAAUGGAUGUGGAGGAAGAGAAUAAUAUGAUGGAGGAUCGGGAGGAGGUUGAGCUGGAUGACGAUGACACCAACGAAGAUGAUGAUGAUAAUAUGAUGGCAAAGGAAGAAGAAGACGAUGAUGAAGAAGCGUACAAAGGAUUUGGUAGAAGUGAACAUCAACAUUGUAGAACCUACAAAGACCGGAGCAUUGGGAGCAGUUCUGCAGUUCCAAAACUCGAAGAUGAUGAAAUUGACGCUAAAAUGUAUAUUCGGGAGGGAAGUCCAUUCUUCUUUGCAAAACAUCAGCUUUACAGACCCAAUCAAUUGCAUUUUCCAAAAAGUGUUAUUAAGGAUUUCUGCUUUUGCUUUUCAAAGCAUAUCAACCUUGUAUGUUGCCACUGCAAGGAUGUUCAAGCAAAUGAAAUAGCAGCCUAUCAUCAUGUGUUGCCACAAAUGAGCGCAACACAUAUCGAAAAGAGAGGAGAAAUAUGUAAUUGGAGUGACGGUCGAGUAUAUGUUAAAGGAUGGGCAGAUUUUUGCACAAUGAGCAAUAUCACAGAAAAUGAUCGAUGCUUAUGCGAAAUUGUGUUGCGUGAAGACGGAACAAUUGAAAUGUUAAUGGUACACAUUGUUAAUGUUGAGUAGGAAUGAACCAAGGGGGAAACAACACUAGUGAGUGAUUCUUAAUUAUGUAUUCUGCAUUUUAUUUAUAUGUACUCUUAAUUAUGGUAGAUCAAGAUUGAUUAUGAGAUGUAUAAAGUUGUGUAUUCCAGAACUUUGGUUUGAUUUCUAUAUGAUGUGAUAAAUGUUUGCAGCUCUAUAAAUGAUUUAUUAUGUAUAAGUUC